AUUUUUCCCUCCUGGGCCGAUGCAAAUAUUUUGUGCCUGAGCUCCCUUCCACGCCCUGCCUAAGGGGACUGUCAGGUUCAAGUCACCGUGCCCCGAAUUCCCCAAAAGCUUCCACGGAAGAAGGCAGAAAGGCACCUCCCGCCCCUUCCCAGCAGAAUUUGAAUAACCAGGUGAGAGCCUCCCUCGUUAAGGUGUUUGAUAAUUGACCAGGCGCUCAUUCCUGCAGGAGGGCGCCGUGCCCAAGUGCAGCGUGCGGCUCUUCCUCCGCGCCCCGGGAGUCCCAGCCCUGCUGCCACCAUGCCUGCCCGCUGCCUGCUCCUCCUGGGACUGCUCCUCCAGCUGGAACCUGCCUUCUGCCAGGAAGCCCGGGGCAGCCUCCAGCCGUGGUCACAGGGUGUCAUCGCAGUGGCUGUAUUUCUAGUCCUGGUGGCCAUUGCUUUUGUGGUCAACAGGUUCUGGUGUAAGGAUAAAGUGGAAAAUGUCGAGAACGUGGUGAGUGUGGAGGACAAGCCAGAUGCUGUCACAUCCAAUGGCUGUGAAGGGAGAUAUGUCUCAGCUGCAGCUGACUUCAGGUCCAAAGAGAACCAGCAUGCCUAUGAGAACACGGUGGAGCCCGAGGAGAAGGUGAUCACCACGGCCAUGUAGCAGCACCCACCAGCCGCCCUCCUCUUCCUCUCGAUUCGCUUCCCGCUAUUGCGAUGGGCAGUUUCACAGAGACCCUCUGCACUGGCACCUCCCGUGAGUGAUGGGGCCCCGACCUCUCCACAGCACCACCACCUCCUCAUCUUUUCCUUUCCCACCCAUGGGACAUGCUCUUCUGCCCCGGGGCUGGUGUCCACACGGGCAUCGACCCCCAGGAGAGGUCUGGAAGUGCCGCCGUUCCUGCCUGGUGGUCACCCCACCUGGUUGGUGAGGUUGAUGUCCCAAGUCCCAGGAGGGUGUUGACCUGUUCAAGACACAGAGGGGAUCCCACUGGGUACCAGGGACCUCCCCACACCCCCAGCUGCCCUCCAGGGAGCUGCUGAUGGAAAACCUGCUCUUUUCUCCCCAGUUCACCCUCCUUUUUAUGACCUACACCGUGCAUUUUAAUGUCAGAACAAACCUCCCCCUCUGUACAUACCUUCCCGGUGAGCAAUAAAGAGAAUUGUUGCCUAUGACAGCAAA